AUUGGUUAAUAUCUUUGACAACUUAAAUCAUUAAAAAUGAAAGUUUUUUUAACUUUUCGAAUAUUUCUUUGUAUAUUAAUUCUAAGGGAAACUUGCCCACAAAAUUUAAGAGAGAAUGUGACUGUGACAGACCUGUAUUUAAUAAGUGAAGAAAAUAUUGUUCAAAUGAGAAGGGUUCUGGAUAGGGGCCCUUACUUUGAUACUUCUGCUACUAAAAACGUCACAUCCUUAGUUGGAAAAACGGGACAUUUAAAUUGUCGCAUUAAAAAUCUUGGAAAUAAAACGGUGUCAUGGAUACGGCAUAGAGACUUACAUCUGCUUACUGUAUCUGAAAGCACUUACACUUCGGAUCAGCGCUUCACUUCCAUUUACAAUAAGCAAACUGGAGAUUGGUCGUUACAGAUCAAGUUUUCUCAACUAAGAGAUUCGGGAAUUUACGAAUGUCAAGUAUCCACAACACCACCAGUGGGAUAUACCAUGGUAUUUUCAGUUGUUGAGCCUAUUACUAGUAUCCCUGGCGGUCCAGAGAUUUACAUUGAUUUGGGAUCAACAGUUAAUUUAACAUGCGUCAUAAAACACUUACCGGACCCGCCAACUUCAGUGCAGUGGAAUCAUAACAAUCAGGAAAUUAACUAUGAUUCACCAAGAGGAGGAGUUUCAGUAAUAACUGAAAAAGGAGACAUAACAACAUCGUAUCUAUUAAUUCAACGAGCAAGCAUUGCUGACCGGGGCAAUAUUCUUGCUUACCGUCAAACGCAAACCCCAAAUCUGUAA